AUGUUAUCAGCGGCGAAAGUCCGUAUUCACGGAAUGCAAGAUGAGAACUGGGUUAUUAAAGACAAAAUAAACCAAUAUCGUGGUCUAAUUAAAUUAUAUGAGCGAGACCGUAAAAUCCACGAGGGCGAUUUGGCGAAACAAAAGAAGCGCUACUGUCGCGACAUUCGUCAACUGCGCAAAGACAUAACCACGAAACGUGAAGAGUUGGGCAUCGCUGUAUAUGGAGACAAACAGUUUCUACGUAAUGCGUUUCAGGAACAUAGACGGCUCCAACUCACCUAUAUGAAUAGUCAAGCUGACAAAGUGUUGGAGAGCAUUCACCAGGAAAACUUCAAUAAGAGGAAGCAGCUUGACAGAAUCCGUUACACGAAGAAGAAGAAGAUGGAGACGUUUCGGCUAACGCAGCUUGAGUCAGCUGAAUUGCGAGACCGCCUCUUGUUUGAAGUGGGGGGGAAAUUACCGGCUGAAAAGAAAGAACAGGCUGUGGCCAAUUAUGUACAACGCGCAAAUAUUAAAAAGAACGCCGCGCUAGCUAUCAAAGUUAUGUAUAAGAAAAUAUUGGACAUACUUAAAAAGGAUUCAUCUUACUUCACAGUCGUCUUAGAAGCUCUAAAGCUCGACUGUCGAGCGCAGGGAAAGUGCCUUAUGGGCGCUACGGAAAUGGGGCAGCUAGCUAUGGAAUACCUCGACGAUAGAAAAUUCGAGUUCAAUAAGCUCGAGGCGGAAAUAAAAAUAAAUAUGAAAGAGCGAGAGAGAACGCUAAAACUAGUGCGGCGCGAAGUUGCUUAUUUGACCGACUCCUUCCCAAAUCUGAUAAGGAAAGAGGAGGCUACAAAUUUAGACGACCUUUAUGAAGAUGAAGACGCUGGAAGCAAACAUUCUGUGCAUUGGGAGCUGGAAGAAGUGAUGGGAAUCUGCAAGAAACUGCAAAAAGCCACUCUUGUGCCGUCCUUCGAUAAAAUCCUUCUCAGGCUAAAGGAACAACACUACCAGACUGAGCGACUUAUGAUGCAAUUAACGUUGAACAGUACGAAAAGGGACGCACUCAUUGAAGACCGGAAGCACGCCAUCCAGAUGUUAGAUUCCCUGAAGAACGUGGGACAGGAGAAAACAGCUAUGUAUGUAAUUGAGAAGAAUCAACUGAAAGCUGGUCUGGAGGCAGAAGAGCGGGAAGAACGCAACUUGACAACUGCCUUGAAUGAAAGGGGGCAGUUGAUUAUUGAAAUGAAGACUUCGCUCCAACAAAUAAAUCAGUUGCUCUCCAGUGUCGGAGCUCCGAACGUCCCCAGACCGUUCAAGGAUGUUCCACCAGCAAUUCAAUAUGCAUUGGACGAUAUGAUACAACCAGUGCCAGAGGUUGAAGCCGAUUUCGAUAAGUUGAUACUGACGGCGAAACAAAAGCUCAAUGUGCUGAUCCAAGCUGUUUCCAAGAUGGAGGUCACCGCUGAUGUGAAGGCUUAUGCCAAUGCAUUCUACCACGGCAUCUUAGCGAGAACCAUGCGUGAUAAUUACAAGGAUGAAGUUGUUGCCGAAGGCGGAUUGAUUGAAUUCGAGAUGGAAGACCCGAAUGUACCGAGCCACGCUGUUGUUAAAUUGAGGAGCAAGCAACUGGUUGAGGCUCAGGUCAGCGAAUUUGAUGUGCCGGACGUACCGGCCAAGAAAUGA